CUCUCAACUAACUGCAAUGUCUAUCGAGUCCCAAAUACUCAAUGGCCAAUGGGCCAGCGUCUACACGGUGGACAAUUCAGACGGAACUACCAACGGCGAAUCUGAUUUUGUUCUCUCGGCUGAAAGAGACCCGAACGACUGCACCCGGGCCCGCAUCAAGGGACAAGGUAUUGAUGAUGCUGGCUCGUUCACGAUCGCAGGAACGCUCGACUCAGAUGAUUCGAUGAAGUUACAAAAGAACUACAGCACACAUGGAUGGGUGUACUCUGGAAAAUUGGAUCCCGCGCUGAGUGUGGUGAAUGAUGAGGAUGUGGUAUCCGCGAGGGAGAGAAUUUGGCGGAUCAGUGGUCGAUGGAAAGGAACAUACAGCGCAGCCAAUGAAGACACCUGUUGGUCGUCCGAGUUCGAUUUGACCGCCUCCCCCGGGAAAAAGUCCGAACAGGUGGUCAUUGUAGGAAAGGGAACGGACAAUGCCGGUGCGUAUUGGAUCAAGGGGAUGGUGUUUCCCACCCACCAGGUGAUUUUCGUCAAGCAGUAUGCGCGACAUUCGUGGAUCUAUCGAGGGGAGCUAGACGAAGAUGGCAGUGUGAUGGAAGGGGACUGGGAAGGUAAAGGAAAUCAGGGGACGUUCAUUUUCGCGCACUGAGUUCGAGGAUGCUUUGGCACUAUGAGCUCUUGUUUCUUUUUAGUUUGCACAUUUUUCCAAAUUCUCAAAGGCAGAAUGAAUGGAGCUUAGAAUCCCAAGUCCGUCAAGGCAAAAACCCCAGUCCCUCCAACGGCGUUUUGAGGAGGGAGGGCAACGUCCUUCCACUGCGGUCCAGCAAACUUAUCGGUCAGAUCUUUCUCAUGUAAUGAAACGUCUUCCCCUCCCUCUUCCUCCUCAUCAGCAGCGGCCGUCUCACUGCUGAGCGAUAUGGGAAGGAUCCGGGACUGAAACUCCAC